AUGAGCACAAUUUCGGUGGCAUCUGAAGAGUCUCUAAAUGAUGCGCCUGUUUCUAUUGCCUCCACUACGGGCGCUGAGGGAGUCACGUUUGAUUCUAACGAGCAAACGAAUCUGGACGACAUGAUUGGCGUGGCGGAGCCGUUGAAGCAUACGUCGACACUCACGUCAAUCGUUGACCAAAAAGUCGCAUUGAUUCAAAAAGGCGGUGCCCCCUCUGUGCACUCUUUCCUUUACACCGUGCCUCACCUUUUCACCCUAACCGAGGAACAAAUUACUGGCCUAAACGUGAUGCUGCGCGAGUACAGUGAAAUGGAUAUUAUUGUCGAUGAAGGAACUCUACUAACGCAUGUCUUUGUGCUGGCUUCAGGCACCGUUGAGGUUAUCAACACAAAAGUUGGUCGUGCAUCCAUCGUUGGCCAUCGCCGGGUCGGGAGUAUUACUGCACCAAACAUUUUUGGUAUCGAUAGUGUAAUCUUGGAAAAACCAACGGAGUUCUCAUACCACGCAAGUUCUUUAACAACGCUACUUCUUAUACCAAAGCGACAAUUCUGUGAGCUUUUUACUCGUUCCCCAAUGUUUUCCAGUAGUGUUUCUGUUCAGAUUGUACAAACUCUUUCUGCAUUCGCCGUAUUUGAGGAUUUUUGUCGUGCUCUUUUUGGGUUAUCGUCAUCAUCCGUGUGUGGAAGACGCAGUUUUGGUGAAGGCGGGUAUAAGUUAUCUAUACCCACAGCCGUGAGUAUUUAUGAGUCCAGUGGCACGGUCGUCCACAAAUUAAUGCAUUCUACUGCAAUUGAUACCGAUGCGUUGCAUUACUGCGUCAAAAGACUUCCGGAGAACAUCACGGAAACAUUUCUUAUUACUUUGUCGCGCAGCAUACCUAACUACCUCUCCGAUGGAGUCGCCUUUUCAACAACAAUAUCUCUUGAGUCAGCACGACGGCGGAGGGGCGCGUGGAAAAUUGCCGAAAAAGGACAAAUUAUUGUCAUGGCGCGGGAUGGAUUUACAGACAUUAUUGAUUUUGUUACCAACUUGUGCAUGUUGAUUGUAGAAACGAAAAAAAUAAGGUUGCGUUUGCAGCGACUUGCUUCACCACUGGCCAUUGAUUUUCUUCGCAAUUUACUUUCCAUGGAUGAAGCGGUAUCGAAAACUGCAGUCAGGGCGGUUCUUGCCCAGUUACCGUUUUCAGAGACGGAAAUUGAUGGCCUAAUGCAAGUUUGGGAAGGAUCCGCAAUUAUCAAUGUGCUGUACAACAUUUUAUUACACCGUGAGGAGUUUGUUGUGCACGUUGACGUAAACUUGUCGAAGAAGUUCUCUCAAGAUCCUUAUCAAAAGUGGGGUCUUUGCAUCAAUCGGCACAUCAGGGCGGAGCUUGGUAUUGGUGGCGAAGAAGCACUCCCAUCGGAUUUGACGAUUGAUAUCAUUUUUUCAUCUAACAUUACUAUUAAGAGUCUUUUGUGUUCUGCUCCUGAGGAGUUCAGGUUGUUGCUGGAGAAAUAUAUUGAGUCCCAGGCAUCGACCACCACGUUGAAGAACCCGGAUGAUUAUUAUCUCUAUGUAUUAGCACAGGUUUUGGAGGAGGAGGACUCCAUGAGGGAGGCGUAUCGUCAGCACCUAGAGGAAGCAGGCUUUAUCAUGAUGGAGGAUUCAUUUAUGUCGGGACUUGUCGUCGAUCUUAUUAACAUUGGUAAAUUGCCUAUUUCAGGUAUAAAUGCCUCAUUGCGUUAUGCAGCGAAAAAUAGGCAACGCAUGCAGGGAAAUAGCUUUAUUAUCAACGUUGAUAGGACGUUUGGUGCACAGGUUGAGACCAUUUUACGAACUCUUGUUCUUAUUUUUGGCGAUUAUAUUCGCAGUGUUAAUCUCACUGGUGGUGUGGCCGGCGUUGUCGGGAGUCGUGGCGAUGUUGUUCUGCCCACUCGACUGCUUUUCUCAAAACAAUCUUUUGGAGAGGACUCUACCGAUGAAACACGCGUGUGCAACACAGACGGUAUACAUGAAAAGGAUGUAAUUCCCUUUUUGGGAGAAGGCAACGUGGCUCUUCACAGGGGUGUGUGCGUCACGAUUCCUGGCGUUUUUCUGUAUAGUGACUCCGUAUUGCGGUUAUAUAAGGUGGUUCAUGGAUGCACUUGUGUGGAUAUGAGGAGCAGUUACGUGGCGCGGCAAGUUGAGGAGAGCCACCGCGCAGGGGUACUAAAAAGGGGAGUAAAGAGAAGAUUUCUGUUUUAUGUGGACACGGUGCCCCUUAACAACGAUGGGGACUCCGAGUCUUACACGCAGAAGGGCGACGUACUGUUUUCUAUUUACGCAACCGCCCGUUCUCUAUUGAAUUUGAUUCUUUUUUCCUGA